CAGACGUCGACCAGUUCGGCCAAACUCAUCUGCGACCUGUCAGUGUGUGUCAAACAAUAUUUUCCUGCUUCUCCAUUGUGGAGAGAUAUCGUGCUGCUGUAGAAUCAAAUUAAGCUUGUGCGAUGUCAUUGUCUAGUUUACUGCCGACGCCCUCGAAUCCCGUGUGGGAUCGCGACGAUGAGCGUAAACACAUCGCUAAGGGCACCCCGUCGAUGGGCGCUUUGGUGAGUGCAAAAGUAGCAGCUCCUCCCUAUGGCCAGCGGAAGGGAUGGAUUCCCCGAACGGAAGCAGAUUUUGGCGAUGGCGGAGCAUUUCCAGAGAUUCACGUAGCACAACAUCCCCUAGGACUGGGGGCACCUGGCAGUAGCAGUAAAAAAUCAAAUGCGCUUGCAGUGCAACUGGAUUCCAGCGGGAAAAUCAAAUAUGACACCAUUGCAAGACAGGGACAUUCGAAGGAUAAGAUUGUUUAUUCCAACAUAAAUCAAUUGCUUCCGGCGGAAGUUCUGGCCGAAGAUGCCGAGGAAUUACAGAAGCCAGAUCAGGAGACGAUCGACGAGAUUACGGAGAAUACGCGAAAGGCUCUUGAGAAGUUAACCAACCAGAAGAUUGUUUCCGCUAUGCCGGUCCGGGCGGCCGAAAAGCAAGCUCCUGCUCAAUACAUUCGAUACACUCCCUCUCAGCAGGGAGAUGCAUUUAAUUCAGGGGCUAAGCAGCGCGUUAUCCGCAUGGUGGAAGCUCAGGUAGAUCCAAUGGAACCACCUCGUUUCCGGAUCAAUAAGAAAAUUCCUCGGGGUCCACCGUCGCCUCCUGCACCAGUGUUGCAUUCGCCGACUAGGAAGGUGACUGUGAAAGAGCAAAAGGAAUGGAAGGUUCCUCCGUGUAUUUCCAAUUGGAAGAACGCCAAAGGAUACACGAUACCACUCGAUAAGCGUCUGGCAGCGGAUGGUCGUGGGCUGCAGCAGGUUCAUAUCAAUGAAAAGUUUGCGAAAAUGGCAGAAGCUCUGUAUAUCGCCGACCGAAAGGCUCGCGAAGCUGUUGAGGCGCGCGCCCAAUUGGAGAAGAAGCUGGCGCAGAAAGAAAAGGAAAAGAAAGAGGAUAUGUUGCGGCAGAUGGCACAACGUGCCCGUGAGGAACGUGCAGGAAUUCGUCAUCCGGGAGAGGUGGCUGGAGGGUCCGGUGAUCCUGGUGCCAUUUCAGCGGACCUCCGCGAACGUGAUGAAAUUCGUGCCGAACGGCACCGUGAGCGCGCCCGCGAUCGUAAUCUCGCUCGUGCCGCCCCAGAUAAGCGCUCGAAACUGCAGCGUGAACGAGAGCGGGAUAUUUCCGAGCAAAUUGCGCUUGGAAUGCCCGCGAAGUCCAGCUUAUCGGGUGAAGCCCAGUUCGAUCAGAGGUUGUUCAACACAACGAAAGGAAUGGAUUCUGGAUACGGGGAUGACGAGGCAUACAAUGUGUACGACAAGCCUUGGCGCGAGGGAAACUCUCUCGGUACGCAUCUGUAUCGGCCGAGCAAAGCAAUCGACAACGAUGCAUACGGUGCGGAUCUGGAUAAGAUCAUUAGCACACAGCGGUUUGUGCCGGAUAAGGAGUUUAGCGGUACGGAUCGGUCGGCUCAGGCAGCUCGCCAGGGACCGGUGCAGUUCGAGAAAGAAGAGGAUCCGUUUGGUUUGGAUCAGUUCUUGACUAUGGCCAAGAAAGCGCCGAAGCGGAAGGAAGACGCUAUGGUUGGCGGUAGCGGGAGCACUAAUCGCGAUAAAGAUCGUAAGAAGAGAAGGGAUUAAAUUGAACAUUAUCCGUUGCGCAAACAAGAUCAACACCGCAUGUGUAUUCGGUGCUGAUAUCUUGUUUUCCUCAAUGACAAGCAAAUUUCUUUUCUACUAGGUAUAUAUGAUUAUGAAAGAUACAUAAAAAUAAUAAAUUAAUAAACUAGUUAUAAAUCUUGGAA